UCGAGGGAGAAAGUGGCAAAUUUGAAUGUGUAGCGGCGCUCGAGGAAAAGAAAGUGAAAAAGAAUUUGGAGCGUUGCUGGAUUCUUCGGGGAAAGGAGAGUGAAAUCUGGUGACAUGAGCUGGGUUGUGGAAGAGUGGAAAGAGGGUCUUUCCACCAGAGCCCUUCAGAAAAUUCAUGACCUUGAAAGUCAAGUUGAGAAAUUUAAAAAGGAACGUCAGCAAAGGCAAUUUCAACUGGAAUCUCUGGAGGCAGCUUUGGAAAAACAGAAGCAGAAGGUGGAUAAGGAAAAAAAUGAAGGCGCAACCUUAAAGAGAGAAAAUCAGAAUUUGAUGGAACUUUGUGAUAACCUAGAGAAAAACAAGCAGAAACUUUUUCAUGAACUUCAGACGAAAGAAUCACAAAUUAACUUUCAAGAAGGACAGCUCAUUUCAAGCAAGAAACAGGUUGAAAGUUUAGAGCAAGACCUUAAAAGAUACAAAUCUGAACUGGAAAAACAAACAAAGACCUUUGGCAGUGGAGAUACAUCUUUUGAAAACACACCACAGAGAAGCAACACUUGCUCUCCAGCAACAAUCUACAAUGAUUCAAAAAUCCAAGAACGUCAAAGAAAAUCCUGCUUUGAAAUUGAAGAAAGAAAACACCUGGAGGCAGAACUGAAGAGCAUGACGAGUGAAAAGAAAACCAAUGCCUUGCAUUCAGAAGGUAAUAUAACUCGCAGAGAAAUUGCUCGGCACCAAGCUUCCUCAUCUGUAUUCUCAUGGCAACAAGAGCAAACUCCAAGCCACCCUUUGCCCAGCCAUCGAGAAACUCCUCAUAGCAGUGGGUCAGCCAAGUCAAAAUUUUCUUUGGAAUCUGCAAUAACUCCUAGUCCUAAUAUUAUAAAAUUAACCAAGAAAGAUUUCAUCAAUUGCAAUGUCACCAAUAGCAGCCAGGACUCUUCAAUUGCUGAGCAACUGAAAACUCAGAACCAAGAGCUAAGGUGCAGAAUUCAGGAACUAGAAAAUAAAUUACAAAUUCAGACACAAGACAUGAAAGCCAAGGUUAUGAAGCUUCAGGAUAAUCAGCUGCAAGUGGAAAAGAUGCAGAUGGAAUUAACUGAAAAAGAGAAAACACUGAACAAAGCUAGAAAUGAAAUAAUUAAAAUUAAUAUACAACUGGAUCAAACGACUGAUCAGCUUACAGCAAAGGAGAAAAAGUUCAGAGGACUCUCAAAUGAGCUAAACUGUCAGAAGCAAAAUUUUGAAAGUGUGCAGUGUGCUUUACAACAGAAGAUUAAGGACAAGGACCAAGAGGCAGCUGUUUCAGCCACUGCCAAAGACAAUCAGGAGCUGAAAUUCAUGCAGAGGACAGAGAGUCAGUUCAGUAAGAUUUUCACAACAAAACAACAGUUUGAAAAAAAUGCCAGGGACUGUGCACAGAAAUUAAGUCAUCUUGAACAAGCCACAAAAAUGAUGCAAUUGAAGGAAACAGAAUUGAAAGAAAAUUAUGAGGAAAUUAAGAAGCGAAAUAGCUUUCUCAGCUGCCAGACUGCUGAACAACAGCAAGAAAUUUCUCAACUGAAAGAAGAACUCUGUAGUACUAAACUAUCCCUACAGCAGAGUCAGCAUUUUGCUGAAGACCUGAAAAAUAAAAAUUGCUCACUGGAAAAAGAAUUAAAAUUGCUUGAAGAAAAACUGAACAAGCAAGAUAAUUCUGUCAGUUUAGAAAAAAUGAGACUUGCUGUUUCUAAUGUUGAACAUGAACGAGAUUCUCUCCAGCAAAUUGUGAAGGACAAAGAAAAUGUAAUUGAAGAGCUCAAUAUGAAACUGGAAAACACAGAAACUCUGCAGAAAACUGCUUUAGAAUGCGAAGACCUUAAGAAAGAGAUUAUGAUUCUUUCUCAGUGGAAAAGCAAAAGCAAACAACUCUUGAAUGAACUAGAUUUAGAAAAAGAAGAACUAAUGAGCAAAAUACGCAGUUUGGAAAGUGCUUUAAACACUGAGCAACUUAAACAUCAGGAAAAGGAAAUUGCUCUCAAAGUUGAACAUGAACAAUUUAGUGAACAGCUAAACAUUUUUGAGCAGGUGGUGAAAGAAAAAACAAUUGAACUGGAGGCACAAAGGAAAGCCUAUAGUGACCUCCAACAAAAAACAGCAAUGUCUGAGGAAAAACUACAGAAAGAGAGAGAAAACAAUUCACUGAAAUUAUUUGAGUUCACCAGAGAAGUGGACACCUUGCAGAAAAGACUCAACUCUGAAGCAAAUGAAGUGUUAAAAAGGGGAGAAUGUAUUGUCUCCCUUGAAGCAUCCUUAGCUUCUUACAUGCAAGUAAAUGCAUUCCUUCAGAAGCAGGUUGAAGAACUGGUCCAAACCAGGGAUGAAAUAGAAAGAAGAUUUGCUGAAAGAGACGAUCCAAAGCAACACAUCUUCAUUCAGGAAAUGAAGCAGCAGAUCAGUGAAUUACAAGAAACGGUUCUCCAAAAGGAAGGCCUGCUUUCCGAAGCAUUAGCAGCUCUUGAAGGAAAAAACAAGAAUCUACAAAAGUUGAUUGAGGAAUCAAAUAGGCAACAAACAGAGAUUCUGGAUUUAAAAGAGGGUAAUGUGCUGUUUAAUAAUGUGCAACUAAAAGUUAUGGGCUCAAAGGAGCCAAAUUUAUCUAUCAAAAUAUCCUCAGAACAAGGUGAAAUCGAAGAACUUCAGAAUGAAAGUUCCAUGCUUGAGAAUACUGUCAAUAUUUUGGAAGAAAAAAACACCAAGCAAGACAUUUCCAAAAGUUGCAAAGAAAAGAAGGAAAGCCUUUUGGAGUUGUCACAAAGAAAGCAAGAGGGGAGCUUGUUGCUGCCAGAAGCUGAUGAAGAAGUAGAAAGGAAAAGUACAAAGGAAGAUUAUUUAGAAAGUGUAAGGAAUCAGACUUGUCAUUUGAAGGUGCAAAAAGCCAUAUUUGAUACACAAGAAAAACAGUUUAUGAACAAAUGUGAACAGGUGCAGAAUAAGCCAAUGUCCUUGGAGAAGAAAAAGAAUACUUUACUUUGGCAACUUGAAAAAAGACACUCAGUAUCUGAAGAAACUAAUAGUUUAAGACAGGAGGGAACAGGAGAAAAUAACAGGCCCUCUUCUGUAAAUAUCUUGCUGCAAACACUGGUCUCAGAAAUGAAAGUAAGUGAACAUGCAGCGCUUGACUUUGUUUUAAAUGAACCAGCAUUGGAACAGCUGAGGGUAUUUGUAGAAGAAAGAGAGAAUGAACUUAAGAAGUAUAAAGUGAAGCUUGAACUGCUUCAAAUGGACCUUGAAGACAGAGAAAUUUCUUUAGAAAAUUAUGCUGAUCAGAUAAAGGACUUGGAGAUGAUAUUGAGAUCUAUGGAGAUAAAAAUGGAAGAAAGUGACAUGGAAAAAGAGAAGUUGCUGCAUCAAUUACAAGUACUUAAAGAUUUGCAAAAUUCAGCCUUCAAGAUGACAGAGAGAAGUGAAGAUGACGAAUCACCAAUGUGUUUCAGUGCUGUUAUCAAGGACAAUUUUAACCUACAGAAAGAUGCCAAGUGUUCAUCAGUUCCUCAUGAUCUGAUGCCCAGCCAAAAUGAUUAUCUCCAAUUAGUAUCCUCCCUACACAUGACAAUGAGCAAGCUAAAUGAAUUGGAGAAAAUGUGUGAACACCUGCAGAAAGAAGACUCAACAUUAGCAUCACAGCUGAAAGACUCACAGUUGGAAUGCAUCAUAAACACAGAUAUUAUGAGAAAAGAAUUAAUAGAAAAAAUGGAUAGGCUGAAAGUAGAGACUAUUUCUGUUUCUGAUAAAUUAAGAGAGAAGAGUAAAAUGGAAUCUGAUAUGAAGGAAGACUUAAUAACUCCAGAAGGUUAUGAGGAAUUUGAUUACAAAUAUUUGAAAUUAAUCAACAAAGAAAUCAAAACACAGUUGAAUGAAAUCAAGGAAAAGAUCUUUUCUUUGAAAAACAAAUAUGAAAUUUUAGAUAUUCAAAACCUGAAUAUGGCCUUUGAAUCAUCAGAGUUGGAAUCCUACAAUGAAAUGUUUAAAGAUAAAAAUAUUACAUUGCCAAUAAAUCUCAGCAAAGUUGGGCUGGUUUCUUUUCCAGCCCAGAUGACAGUCAAUAAAGAAUGUAAAGCAUAUGGACAUUUUUGUAUGGAGACUCUGCAUGAUAGUGAAAUCUUCCCAAGUACAAAACGAAUUUUUAUGGAGUCUGAUUUGGACAACGGUGUGUCAUCAACUGAAAUGGAACAACCACAUCAAAAGAGACAAAUUGAUUUGGAAGGUACUCCUGAACAAUUUAAUAUUGCUGAUGAAUUAUAUAGCAAUGAUGCCUGGACCUUCCCCACUAAACUAAUGACUAUCUCCCAAUAUUUUCAAUGUGAAUAUUGUGAAAACUCCUUUAAGAUGCUUAAGGAAUCAUUUAGAUCUCAUAAGAUUCUGGAAAGUAAGGAGAUAGAAAAGAUUCAAGAGCUGUUCCUUUCUGCAAAGAAGGAAGUAGAUGGUCUACAAAAACGCAGUGUAGCUGGCAAUGAGCCCUGGCGACAAAAAGUUCAUAAAGUGAUCCUGAAAGUGGCAUCUGAACUUCCAGCUGAGAAGAAAUUUCCUGAGCUGUUCCCUCAAAAACAAGGAGAGCUACCAAAUCUUCAUUUAACUUCUCACCCAAUAACUUGUGAUGAUGCUGGCCACCCAACUUCUGCUGAUCCACCACCCUUUUGCUAUUUGAAAAUGGAUAGUUUUCUUGGGGAAAGCCUUGGACUUAAAGCUGUAAAUGAUCAAGCAGUAAAAACCUAUGAACCAAACAGAAGACAAAAAAUUUCUGUGUAUGUAGCAGAUAUAAUAUCUAGAGAAAAAUACCUUCCACAACUCAAAGCAAAUUAUCCAUUCAUACGUUCUUCAAGAUGUCCUCUUCAGUCAUCAUUUUUCCCUUCAAAUCUCAGCACACACACAAAGUUGAUAAACCCCACAGAAAACCAGAAGGCCAUUGAAAUGCAUUGGUUAUCAAUAAAGAAAGCUGAUGAUAACAAUUCUAAGUUUUCCCGUGAGGAAAGCAAUAAAAUGAUGAACAUGGCAGUUGAGUAUCUUCAUUCAGAUUUGAAUUCAAAGAAUACAGAGUUGACUGAAAAGGAGGUUGCUUGUGGUGGAUAUAACAAAAGAGCUGCGGUUCUUGAACAAGAAAAGGAAGACUUGAGUGAGCUGCUCCAAACUGUAACUUUUGAUACACCGCAAUUAUAUUUUAAUCUUAUGAUUCUUGAGCUAGAACUUAAUAAGGUAAAAUCUGAACGGGGAGUGUACAAAAGCAGAUUGCCGGAUACAACACAUACUUUAAAAGAAUUGCAAAUGAUCAAAGCAGACAAUAAUGAGAAGCUUUUUGAAGCUGAAACCGAACUGAGCAGGGUAAAAUCUGAGAAAGAAAAUUGCAAAGUUUACACCUUGUCCAUGGAGACAGAUACCAAAAAACGUCUAUCAAAAAGUAAGCAAUUGGAGCAAGAAAAACAAAUCAACAUAAAAAAUAUUUUUGGCCUUCAGGAGCAACUAAAGAUUAUCACUGCAGAGAGAAACCAAUCUAGUCAAGAUCUGACUACUUUAUUAAGGGAUAAAGAAGCAUUGGAUCAGGUGUGCAACAAAAUGAAUAUAAAAGAGCUUGACUCAAAUCAAAUGGAUUCUAUUGAAUUUAUCAAAGUAUUGGAAGCUGAAGAUAAAACCCAAGCAAAAUUGCUUCCAGCUGUUAAGGCUGCAGAGGAUCAAUUAUCACAUGAAAAUGUUUGCUAUAUGUCGCAGUGCCAGAAUCUGGACAGAGUUAUGAGGGAUCUCAUGUUGGAAAAAGAGGCAGCAGAAAUUCAAAUAAAAAAUCUGACUGAGGCAAGAGAAGUGAGCCUUAGAAAAUACGAAAUCCUACACAGCAAGCUAAACAUAUCUGAGGCCAAAAAUGCCAAGAUAUCUAAGUCCUUGGAAGGUUCACUAGCAGAAAAAGGUGAACUUGCAGCACGGCUAAAUUCUGCACAGGAAGAAGCAAAUCAUUUGCGACAAGGCAUUGAGAAGCUGAAAAUAAAAAUAGAAUCUGAUGAAAGGAGCAGGCUUCGUCUGGCUGAAAAGUUAAAAGAAAGCAAUCGAAAAGCUGACACUCUCGCAGACAAAAUUGAGUAUCUGGAAAGAGAAUUAGAUAUGUCAGAGGAGAAUUUGGAAGAUGCAAUUCUUAGAAUGGAGGCAGCUAAAGCAGAGACUGAAAUAAUGAUGGCUGAGAUAGAAAGGAUGCGUGUGAGCCAACAACAUUUAGAAGGUGAAGCCAAAGUCUUUAGGUCAGAGAAAGAGACUCUAGAGAAAAACAUGAAAGAAAAACAAGACAAAGUAACUUGUUUAGAAGUUACUAAUUUUACAUUAGUAAAUCAACUGAAAGAGAAUGAAAAAGAGAAGGUUCAAAUUAGAGAUGAAUGUGAGAAUGCACUAAGAUUAAAGGAAUCCCAGCUAAAAAAAAUAUGUGAAGAAAAUAAACUUCUUUAUAGUGAGAAAGAAACUUUCAAAUCGAAAGAACAGGGUGUUGUUUGUGAAAUUACUUCCCUCAAACAUGACAAUAUGCAGUUGGUUGGAUAUCUGGAAGAAGCACAGUCCAGUAGCUCUAAAGUACAGCAGUUGAUGGAAGCUUUCAUCCAGGAACUACAAAGCUUCAAACAAACACUGAAUGAAAAUGUUUCUGUUUUUGAGCCGUUAGUCAAAAAUGAAUCUUUGCAAGCUAUCCAAGAUGACUUACAGGUGUCUUUCAAACAUAUCAAAGCAAAUAUAGAAGUCACACCAUGUGAAAAAAACAUCUUUGAAAAGACCAACAGCCUAAAUCAAAUGCUUCAACUCCAAGAAGAGUAUGAUUCUUUCUGUCAUUCAAUUCAAUUGUGUUUGGACGCCUAUAAAAUGCUAAAGCAGGAAAAAACAGUAAUGGAGAAGCAAAUUCAUGAACUUGAAACUCAGAUGAAGAUGAUAGAUCCACGUUUUCAGGGGGAUGUUGGUGCAGAAGAAAUCAGGUUGGAGCUAGAAGAAUUGAAAGAAUCGGUUGAGGAGAAAACCAAAGAGGCAAAUCACAACUUGGAAAAGUAUUGUGUACUGGUAAUCAAGCAUGAUAAAUUAGAAGAAGAAAAUGAGAUGCUAAGGACACAGGUCUCGCUGUUAAACACUUCUCUCAAGCAGUUAUUAAAUGACACCAGUUCCUCUCUCCAAAGUUCUCAAAACCCAGUGGAAAUCAACAGGCUUCUUACAGAAAGAGCAGAUGUGUCUAAGAUCAUUAAGAAGAGAGAAAGGUGUGAAGAAAACAAAGUCAAUGAAUACAGCUGUUCUUGCAUUUCUCAUCAAGCAUCCUUAGAGCAAGGAAUGGAUUCCUGUCUUUUCGGUUCUAGCUUGAAAUCACCAACAUCUGUUGAUAACUCACAAAUAACAGAGAAGAUGAAAACAGAGAAUCUUAAAACAACAGCAGAGGGCAGCAGACUACAAAAGAUGAACCAUAAUCAAGUUGAUAGUUUGGAUCAGGAUUUUGUUCCCAGAUCCCCCCUUUCCAUCUCUAACCAGUCACCUCAAGUGGUUGCUGAACAAUCUGCCAAGCAUCUUGAUAUAAGUUACUUUCCAAAUACAGAAGAAAAUGAUUUGGACAAAGCCUGCCAUGUACAAUAAAUCAGGACUGGGUUGGUUUUAGAUUUGAAAUCCUAGCAGCAAAGAAUGAUUCAGAAUAUAAUGCUAAGAAUUGUCUUCAUAAGCUUCUCUAACCCCAUGUCCUAUGCAAGGGGAGAAUCCUGUUUAUGAUUGAUGUGUAACAAAGGGAAGGCAUGUCUGCUCCUAGGAGCUGGGAUGGCACAGUUGUUAGAAUGCGCUGUCACAGGCUAACUGCCCACUGCCUGGAUUCGAUCCUGAUCAGCUAAGGGUUGAUUCAGCCUUCUAUCCCUCUGUAGUCGGUAAAAGGAGGACCCAGACUGUUGGGGGGCAAUAUGCUGAUUCUAAACCCGCCCAGACAAUGCUGGAAAGCACUUUGGAGUUGUAUAUAAGUCUAAGUGCUAUUGCUAUCCCAGCAUUCUGGAAUAUGCAUUAUAAGGACACAUUUGUAGCCACAAAAGGUUUCAUUUUUACAAGCUGUGAGGUUUUGCAUAUAACAGUAAAUUAUGUUUGCUGUGUGUGCCUGAACAAAGGAGCUUGAAGAAAAUGAACGGCUAAGUUGCUCCAUUUUACCAAAACAUUCAAUUUCAUUUUAGUUAAUUCUUAGAUUAUAUUUAUUAUGUGCAAAUAAUGAAUGGCAAUGUAAAGGAACCUCACUUUCUGAAGAAAUUGCUAAUACAUGCAUACAGUUCAGACAUUUAUGGGUAUUAGACAAUCCAGAAAGAAAAAGCUGGCUAUAAACCAUGAACUAUAAUUUAGCACUUUGUAUGUAAUCAAUGCCAUUUUUUCAUAAUAUUUUCAUAGAGAAAGACCCCUCCCUAAAAAAGUAAAUCCUAAAAUAAAAUGUCUCGUUUCCAAGAACUUUUUAAACAAAAUAGAGUUGCUGGACAGUGAGAUGGUGGUAGACCUAUUGUAUAAUAAAUAAAAAUGAAAAACAAAUAGCCACUGCCCAAAUCCUGCUAGUCCCUUCCCUGGAUCUUUAUUUGGGAAUUUUGAAAAAAGAAAAAGGCAAGCACCAAGAAAGAGCAAGAGCACUUAG